AUGCCGGUGGGCAUUCAGCGGCUUAAUGCCCGGCGAACGCAGCCCAAUCCCAACAUUGUCUUUAUCAAGCCUCUGCCCGGGCCCGAUUUCUCUACCGCCGAAAAGUUUCUCGAGCGAAUCGCCGCGCAAUGCCUCCCCAUCAUGAAGGAGCACCACCUCUCCGUCGUCACACUCGAAGAGUACGAGCCCAACCGCGAAUUCGUCGGCCGCAACUUCAACGCCGGCGAGGUCAUCCAGCUCGUCCUGAAAUCGGUGCACGCGCCGCACCGGUGGCUGCCGUUUCGGUACGUGCAAAUGGUCAUGAUGCACGAGCUCGCGCACUGCACGCACAUGCACCACGCGCGCGCGUUCUGGGCCGUCCGGGACGCCUACGCAGCCGCCAUGACGGCGCUUUGGGAAAAGGGUUACACGGGAGAAGGAAUAUGGGGCCGGGGCGCGACGCUCGAUACCGGCGCGUGGGAGCGGGACGUCGUGGGGGAGGAGGAGCCGCUCCCGGCGCAUCUCUGCGGGGGCACGUAUAGAUCGCGGCGGGGCCGAGGGGGGCGCGGCCGCAAGCGGAAACCGAAGCGGUCGUGGAAGGAGCAAAAGGAAAGACGGAUUGCGAAAAAGUUUGGCGUGAAUGGAAUGGCGCUGGGCGCGGACGAGGCGGAAAAGGUGAAGCUCGAGGGCGGCAAAAAGGUGGUCGGGAGGCCGCGCGUGGCGGGGAGCGCGAGGGGCAGGGAGCUGAGAGCGGCGGCGGCGCUGGCGAGGUUUGACAAGCAAAAGGUGGAGGAGGAUGUGAAGAGUCAGGGAGAGGAUGAGGAGGGUGAAGAGACGGAAAGUGAUAGCGAGUUUGAGGUGUACUUGGAGGAGGAGGAAGAGAAGGAUGAUGCGGUGGACUUGGAUGGGAAGAAGAUGAAGGACGGAGAUGGCGGCGUCAUGGUCAAGGUGUGCGAGGACGAGGACGGCAACGACCCAUCAGCGCGCAACGAGCGCGACGAGCUACGGAGCGUGUUUGCGCGGCCGCCGGGCGGCUUCAACGCCGAACGGGACGGCGGGAGGAAGAACGGGGCGGACGCUGUGCGGCCGCGCGUCAAGACCGAGCCGGAGAGCAGCAGCGGCAGAGGCAGAAUCACCCAGACGGAUAUGCUACGCGAGGUACCCCGCGUUACCGCGCGGCCGUUGCGUCUACACGAUAUUCCGCACAUUCGCGACGCUGUGCCACCCCCCAAACCAACACUGUCAACUCGCAAAGAAGCAGCGCCGAGACCGGUCGCAGCAUCAUUAUCAUCGUCGUCGUCGUCUUCUUCUUCGCGACCCACUGCGGCCACACCAAAUCCAACCACGCGACCCGCCAUUACAAUCCAUCGCCUUGCCGCUUCGCCGGCACCGAAGCGGCAACGUCCGGCAGCAUCAGCAGCAGCAGCAGCCAAGAAAGAAGAAGAAGAAGCAGCGCCCUUGAAGGAGAAUGGUGAUGCGGCGGGCGCUAAGACGUGCCCGCUAUGCUCGCUGCUGAAUGACGCGGCGGCGCUGCGCUGCGCGGCCUGCGGCAACGUGCUGAGGGCGGACGCGGUGCAGGGUGCGUGGAGAUGCGGCGGCGCGGCGUGCGAGAGCACGGGGUAUUUGAAUGCCGCGGACUGCGGCGUGUGCGGUCUCUGUGGUAGGCGGAAGCCGUGA